AGAUUGCGAAACCUAAGAAUUUCAGUUUUUUUGUGAAAGACUUUGAAACGACUCUUUCACCAGACUGACAAUAGAGAAGGAGAACACAAGCAAUACACACACACACACACACAAGCAAUUGGAUAUGAAGAAGGGGGACUUAGAACCUAAACUCAAGCUCUCUCUCCCUCCCGAUGAAGUUUCUUUCUCUAAAUUCCUGUAAACAGUGCUCUCUUUGUCUCUCUCGCCCUUGCUCCCUCUCUCUCUCUCUCUCUAAUUUCUCUUGGUCGAAUUUUGUAGAACCGAAUCAGGGACGUUUAUGGAUGGUGAUCUACUGGUCAGCAGAGACGGAGUUCGAAUUGUAUCUCACAACGAAGUUGAAACUCCAUCCCUUAUACAGCCUACAGACAGUCAGCUGAGCUUAGCUGACUUUGAUGCAGUUAAAGUCAUUGGAAAGGGGAAUGGUGGAAUUGUUCGGUUGGUGCAACACAAAUGGACUGGGCAAUUCUUCGCUUUGAAGGUUAUUCAAAUGAAUAUCGAUGAAUCUGCCCGCAGGCUGAUUGCUCAAGAGCUCAAAAUUAAUCAGUCAGCACAAUGUCAAAAUGUUGUUGUGUGUUACCAGUCCUUCUAUGAGAAUGGUGCCAUUUCUAUAAUCUUGGAGUACAUGGAUGGGGGUUCUCUAGCAGAUUUCUUGAAACAUGUCAAAACAAUUCCAGAACCUUGUCUUGCUGCCAUCUGUAAGCAGGUGCUCAAGGGGAUGUGGUACCUUCAUCAUGAAAAACAUAUCAUUCACAGGGACUUAAAACCUUCUAAUUUAUUGAUAAAUCACAGAGGGGAAGUCAAAAUCACUGAUUUUGGUGUAAGUGCAAUAAUGGAGAGUACCUCUGGACAGGCUAACACUUUUGUGGGGACAUACAACUAUAUGUCUCCAGAGAGAAUCAGUGGAAGGCAAUAUGGCUACAGAAGUGACAUUUGGAGCUUGGGGUUAGUUCUGCUAGAGUGUGCGACUGGUCAUUUUCCAUAUUCCCCUCCUCAGCAGGAAGGAUGGACUAAUGUGUAUGAGCUUAUGGAAACCAUUGUUGACCAACCACCGCCUUGUGCACCUUCGGAUCAAUUUUCGUCAGAGUUCUGUUCAUUUAUCUCUGCUUGUGUGCAGAAAGACUCAAAGGACAGAUGGUCUGCAAACGAACUAAUGGCACAUCCUUUUAUCAGUAUGUUCGAUGACCUUGAUAUUGAUCUGGCAUCUUACUUCACAGAUGCAGGAUCUCCACUUGCAACAUUAUAAAACUUGUUCGGUUAGGAGUCAGCUAGUGCUAGAAGUGAUGUACUGCUGCUAGAACUAUGAUGGGCGCCCUGACAUUUUUGCUUCGCUUAAGUGUUAUACCAGCCAAAAAAGAGCAUAAAGCUCUCUUUGGAACUAAGGAAUCCAAUUGCAAAAGCAUUGUGUAGCAUUUCUAGCGGUGAAAACUGAAUAUAACACUUCUCUAGCCCUUGUCGAGUGACGGGAAUGGGACGAUAUACUACGCUGGAAGAUUUGGAGACCGGGUAUUACUAUUCAAGAAAUAAAUUGAAUGAUAUCACGUUUUGUAUUUACCGUCCAUUUUUUAUGAAUAUGUCAACUUUCUCUAACUAUGACAUAUGAGAGUGACAGCUAAUUUUCAAUUUGCCCAUCUAAAUUUUGUUCCUUUCCCCCUUUUUAAUGUAAGAUCGCAAUGAGUUUGGUGUUACCAUGUUAACCAUGUUGCUUUUGGUUCUGAUUAUGCUUCCGGAAAUUGAAAAUGUUGACGGUAUUUUAG